GCUGAGGUCCCGAGCGCUUCCAGUUGAGAGAUGGCGGCUACGGCAGGUAGAUCUCGGCUGCUGGUGCUCUCAAGGAGCGUCGCGGGGCUGACCACGGGCUUUCCCGGACUUGGAGUCAGCAGACAGCGGCCUCACAGGACGGUGCACCAGAGACUUCCUGCAUGGCUCUGCCAAAAAGUAGCAUUUUGCAGUGCAGCAUCGCCCUCUGAUGAUGUCACUGUGACUUACCAAAACGGGCUUCCUGUGAUCACCGUUAACCUCCCAUCCCGCCAAGAGAAAUGUCGAUUCACUCUGAAGCCUAUUUCAGAUUCAGUGGGAGUAUUUCUGCUGCAGCUCCAGAAUGAAGAUCGAGGGAUUGACAGAGUAGCCAUCUACUCCACAGAUGGAGCCCGUGUAGCCUCUUCUACAGGGAUUGACGUUCUUCUACUCGAUGACUUUAAACUGUCGAUUAAUGAUAAAAUGUACGAUGUACGGACACCAAAAAGAGAACUAUUAAGCCAUGAACAUGCAUCGACCAUGAAUGAUAUGAAGCAUCUUGUGCAGCAGUUGCACACCUCUAUGCAUAUCAAUGAUUUCCAGGUGAACAGGGAGAAGGAGCUCUGCAGUCGACUAGAGCUGCUUCAGGAGCAGCUUGAACCUCAUGAAAAGGCUCGGCUUCAGGCUGCUCAGAAAGCGGCGAAAAUGACCAGGAUUGUCCAGUGGGGCGGCUUAGCUUAUAUGUCUGUACAGUUUGGAAUCCUCGCCCGCCUGACGUGGUGGGAAUACUCUUGGGAUAUCAUGGAGCCGGUCACUUACUUCAUUACUUAUAGCGGUAUCAUUGGAAUGUAUUGUUAUUUUCUACUUACAGGCAAGGAAUAUAUUUAUCCAGAUGCCACAGACAGACAGUACUUAAAUUUUCUCCAUAAAACGGCCAAUAAAACAGGUUUUAAUUAUUUAGAAUACAAUCGACUCAAGGAUGAUAUUGCUCAGGUUGAGUUGGAUCUUAAAAGACUGCGUGAUCCCCUGCAGAUGCAUCUCCCAAUCCAACAAAUUGACAAAGAUAGAUCAUUGCAGGACUCCUAAAUCCCCAGCAAAACCUGUGGAUCUCUUUUUGCCUUUGAAAUUAAAGCAUUAUUGGUGGUAGCUGGGAUGUGGUAUUGGGAUGGGUGACCAUUUCUCCCUCUUUUGUGUUUCCUCCAUACAUUUUUGAUAUUUUUUUGUUUUUGUUUUUUUAACUUUUUAAGCUGCUGUUUAAGAAGUGAAUUUAAAGAGACCUUGGAGCCUUGACUUCCUAAGGCUUUGAAAAUUUCUUACUUAAUCCAUAUCAAUUGUUUUACUUGUCAAUGAAUGCAGAUGGAUGAUAAAUACAAGAUGAAGGUUCUGAACUAUGAUUGACCAUUUUUAUGUUUUUUUUUUUUCAAUGGUUUUACAGCAAGUUAGAAUGUUGCCUGUAGGACACAUUGGGUUGGUCCACUGGUUCAGUGGAGACACAUGACUAACACAGCGCACAAUUUAUGCCAUUUGGAGAAUCAUUGGACCAGUAGUAACCUCAGCACCAGGCUUGUCUCUUAUCUGGUGCCUAGCUGUCGUGAUACACUUCAGGUUCCUGCUCAUGCCUUUCUAUGUUCACAUGCAAGCUGUUCAAUGUUAAUCCAAGCCCCAACCACAGUGCAAAUUUCGGCUAUGCAUUUUAAGAAACCGCAUGUAAUUUUUUUUCUAUCCCCCUUGUAAUCCCUUUAUUAAAUGCUCCUUUCCCCAUCCCUCUCCUUCCCACUGCCUUUGCUAUAUAUAAACUUCAGGGGCUCAGUGCAUGAUAGGUUUUUAUGUCUUAUUUUUUCUCUUUUAAUUUGUUUUGUUUUCUUGGGGAGGGAGUUGUUUCCCUGUUCUGCACUCGUAAAUGGAGGAUCAGUAGGGUAGAAAAUCAGGGUUGCAUGAAGGGUUACCACCUUAUUCUAAUGCAAUGAACAUCAAAUCUCUUCAUAAAGAUUGACAUCUCCUGCUUCAUCCCCUGUUGAUAGAAGUGCCACAUCUUCCUGGAUGCCCUACCUGAUAUCCAGCCUUGUCUACAUUUUGUGUACAGUAUCCACAUACCACUAAAGGAUUGGAGAGUGGCAACGGCUGAAAUAUCGCCUCUAUCUUUUGCUCCAAAGUUUUUAGGGGUUUUCUUGCCUUUUUUCCUUUGGAAUAAGCUGCUCUUCCACAGACUUUAUAUAUCAAAAUGGUGCAGUUUCUUGUUGGGGUCGGCAUGGGGGUAAUGAUGGGUGGUAUUGGGCUUCAAUUUUGCAGAGACAAUUUUUUAAGGACUCCCCACUGUGAAAGGCUCCUACUUCGGGAAAAGGAUUACAGAACUAAAGAAGUGAAGCCAGAUGACUGGUGCCUUGCAUAUAUUGAGAGAGGAGAGUACAUAUAUGUUCUCUUCAUGCAUUGUUUGACUGGCAGUUACGUUACCAUGGACUCCUUUCCAGCCUAAAUCUUGUGCCCAUGUGGAACAUAGCUGGCUAUGCUGCCAACUGUAGUCUUAAGUAACUGCCUCUAACCUAAGGCUCUCCUCUCAGGUGGAUUGAAUCCAUUUUCCAUAUUUUUCUUUAUAUCUUUUUCUAUUGUGUCCUGUAAUUAUCCCAAGAUUGUAGAUCCAUGCAGGAGAUUGGCAAUAAACCACUUCCAGGCAUGAUGUGUAAGGCUGGUUUUUCUUGAGUUCUGCCAUGCCUUAAUAUGACAUCCAUAUCUUUAUAGUAUGGUAGUCUAUUAGGCGUGAAUGUCUGCUAUGGAGCAAAUCUGAUCGACAAUCAUGUACAUGUAGAGGCCCUAAAAACUACACAGAUCUUUGGUUGUCUGAAGUCAUCACAGCUUAACACCACAAGACAUCUUAAUAUGGUGAUGGCCAAAGCGUAAUCCUAAAGUUUUCUGCUUGGGUAACUGUGAUCUUGAACAGGAGAUUUUUCUUUUAACACUAAAAAAAAAUCGAAAGCUUUUAUUUUGCCAUUUGCACUUCUGAUGCUGAAGAAGCUAGAGGAAAUAGUGACUUAGACCUCUUCAGCAGCAAAGAGCCUGAUCCUGUUUGUAUAAAUGGUUUAUAAGAACAGUAAAAACACAGGAAUCAUGUCUAAAGGGUCUGGUAUGUGUGAGUGUGCGGGGAGAUUUGGAGCAUGGAGGAAUGUCCUAUAAAUAAGCAAAAUAUAGAUGUGUAAAAUCCUGUAUCAUUUAUGAAAUAUGUAUAAAAAAAAUGUAAUUCUGCAACAAUAAACACUUAUUCUGUUUUUCAA